AUGUUUAAAUGCUUCAGAGUGUCUGAUGUCGUGGCUGUUUCAAACGCCACACAGCUGGUGGAGUUCAGCAGCUCUGUCAGUCUGACCUGCACCUCCUCUGGCUCCGCCCUCUCUUUCCUCUGGCUGAACGUCACCUCAGAGGUCACAGACAGUGACAGAGUUCAGAUCACUGAUGGAGGGUCCACUCUCAUCAUCACCAAUGUGACCCGCUACGACCACGGACCGUUCACGUGUCACGUGUCCAAUCCCGUCAGUAACGGCUCCAGCAAUCAACUAAAGUUGUCCAUCAGCUUCAGAGUGUCUGAUGUCGUGGCUGUUUCAAACGCCACACAGCUGGUGGAGUUCAGCAGCUCUGUCAGUCUGACCUGCACCUCCUCUGGCUCCGCCCUCUCUUUCCUCUGGCUGAACGUCACCUCAGAGGUCACAGACAGUGACAGAGUUCAGAUCACUGAUGGAGGGUCCACUCUCAUCAUCACCAAUGUGACCCGCUACGACCACGGACCGUUCACGUGUCACGUGUCCAAUCCCGUCAGUAACGGCUCCAGCAAUCAACUAAAGUUGUCCAUCAGCUUUGGUCCAGAAAAUAUUAAUCUGAGGCUUUCUCCAUCACAACUAUGGUAUGGGAAAGGAUCAGAUGUCACCUUGUGCUUUGUGGCUGAUUCCAAACCAGCUGCCCAGUUUGACUGGUAUCUGAAUGGAGAGACACUGUCUCAUUCUGGACCAGAACUCAGACUGAACAACAUCCAGCAGAAUCAGACUGGAAACUACAACUGUCGGGUCUUCAAUGAACAAAUUCUGAGAUAUCAAAUUCUCCAGAUUCAUCCAUCCAUAGCUUUUCUUUCUCCUCCAGGUUUGACCAAAGCAGUCGGAAUACUGCCAGAUGAUCCUCUGACUGCAACUGUGGGAGACACAGUGACGUUCAGCACAACACUGAAUCCAUCACAGACAAAUAUUAUAUACAUCGACUGGAUAAAGGAUUCUACACCAAUAGUAACAUACAGUGAGGGAGGAACCAUUCCAGGUCCAGAUUAUAGAGACAGAAUCACCCUCUUUGCAAACAGUGGAGCUCUAGAGCUCAGGAGUGUGACUUUGAAGGACAGUGGGGUUUAUUAUAUUGACAUAGAUAACAAUGGAACACGGCAUGUAGACAGUAGAACAUUGGAUGUUUACGUCAGAGUGUCUGAUGUCGUGGCUGUUUCAAACGCCACACAGCUGGUGGAGUUCAGCAGCUCCGUCAGUCUGACCUGCACCUCCUCUGGCUCCGCCCUCUCUUUCCUCUGGCUGAACGUCACCUCAGAGGUCACAGACAGUGACAGAGUUCAGAUCACUGAUGGAGGGUCCACUCUCAUCAUCACCAAUGUGACCCGCUACGACCACGGACCGUUCACGUGUCACGUGUCCAAUCCCGUCAGUAACGGCUCCAGCAAUCAACUAAAGUUGUCCAUCAGCUCAGUCGGAAUACUGCCAGAUGAUCCUCUGACUGCAGCUGUGGGAGACACAGUGAGGUUCAACACAACACUGAAUCCAUCACAGACACAGAUUAUAUACAUCGAGUGGAUAAAGGAUUCUACACCAAUAGGAAUAUACUUUAAGGGAGUAACCAUUCCACGUCCAGAUUAUAGAGGCAGAAUCACCCUCUUUCCAAACAGUGCAGCUCUGGAGCUCAGGAGUGUGACUUUGAAGGACAGUGGGGUUUAUUAUAUUGACAUAGAUAACAAUGGAGCAUGGCAUGAGGACAGUAGAACAUUGGAUGUUUACGUCAGAGUGUCUGAUGUCGUGGCUGUUUCAAACGCCACACAGCUGGUGGAGUUCAGCAGCUCCGUCAGUCUGACCUGCACCUCCUCUGGCUCCGCCCUCUCUUUCCUCUGGCUGAACGUCACCUCAGAGGUCACAGACAGUGACAGAGUUCAGAUCACUGAUGGAGGGUCCACUCUCAUCAUCACCACUGUGACCCGCUACGACCACGGACCGUUCACGUGUCACGUGUCCAAUCCCGUCAGUAACGGCUCCAGCAAUCAACUAAAGUUGUCCAUCAGCUUUUCGGCAGAAGGCCCAUCUUCAUCACUUUCACCUGGUGCCAUUGUUGGAACAACAAUUGCAUGUUUACUUGUUGGCCUCACUGCUGGUGUAGUGUUCUACAUUUUUAAAAAAAGGUUUGCAGUGCAGGGAAUAUUUUGCAGUAAAUUAACAAAAUCACAUGAUUCUUCUAAAGGAAGCACUUCUGAAAACACAAGACAUGAUGGGAUGGACAACAGACCCAAUGAAGAGAUUGGUUCUUCUAUCAGUCAUACUUAUGAAAGCUUAAGACAUGAUGGAAUGGACAACACAGCCUAUGAAGAGAUAGGUCUGUCAAGGAGUGUGCACCAUCCCCAUGUGUCACAGCCUUCACCACUCUAUGAAAACACUCUGGGUCCUGGUUGGCAACCACCAAGGCAGACAAACAGUUAAGAACCAGUCCUCAGAUGAUGCUCAAAACCAGGUGAGCAGGACCCCAAACCAGCAACAUCACCUCCAACUUAAAAUGACCACAUGCAGAGAAUGAAGGUUCCAGCUCCACAGCCUCCUGCUGAUGUCACACUGUUCCAGAGUAAAGUCCACACACAAAGACCACAGUAAAUAUGAUGGACCAGCUGCUCAGGUCAGACAGAGAAGCUGCACUUCCUGCUGUGAGUCCUCACAGAAGAAGGACCAAAUGGACAAAGCACUUCUGUAGUGUCUAGUAAUGACAUUUUGAUAUAAUGUAUGAUGUCAUAGCUAUGAUCAGAGAACGCUUUUCAGCAGUUGACACACUGACUGAUCAUGUUUGGAAAAUU